GAACCCCGAAAUUCCCGACCUGGGGAUGGAAGGGUGGCAGGGGGUCCCCGAAGUUCAGGAGUCAGGGACAGCGCUAAGGAUCCCCUAAGUUCUGGACCUGCGGUUGCAGGAGGUAGAUAACGUGUCCCCGAAGUUCUGGACCCGGAGUGUUGGAGGGCCGUGGCAAGGGAUCUUGGAAGUUCCAGGGCUGGGGGCGACACUUCCUGAAGCUGGGGCGUCCUGGACCUGACGCGGGUGGGGUUUUGAUCCCGAAUGAAUAUCCGAUCCCCUGGACUGGGGCUCGUGGGGUGGGGCUUCGACCACCGGAACGCAGUGUUGGAUCCCGGACACCGGGCGCGGUUGGGCUCCCCUUGGGGAGCCCUGCGGCCGGCGGCGUCCGAGGCGCAUGACUAGUUGAGGCCAAACCAGCAGUUCCUACCAUCCCACUGGCUGCUGCUUGGAGCCCACCCAGACCAGCCUGACCAAUGUCCACAGCCAGGGAGCAGCCCAUCUUCAGCACACGGGCACACGUGUUCCAGAUCGACCCGGCCACCAAGCGGAACUGGAUCCCUGCGGGCAAACACGCACUCACUGUCUCCUACUUUUACGAUGCCACCCGCAAUGUCUACCGAAUCAUCAGCCUUGGGGGUGCCAAGGCCAUCAUCAACAGCACUGUCACUCCCAACAUGACCUUUACCAAAACCUCCCAGAAGUUUGGACAGUGGGCAGACAGUCGCGCUAACACUGUCUAUGGUCUUGGCUUUGCUUCUGAACAGCAUCUGACUCAGUUUGCUGAGAAGUUCCAGGAAGUGAAGGAAGCAGCAAGGCUGGCACGGGAGAAAUCUCAGGAUGGGGGAGAACUCACCAGUCCAGCGCUGGGGCUCACUGCCCACCAGGUGCCUCCGAGCCCCCUCGUCAGCGCCAAUGGCCCCGGCGAUGAGAAGCUAUUCCGCAGCCAGAGCGCGGAUGCCCCGGGUCCCGCUGAACGCGAGCGGCUCAAAAAGAUGCUGUCCGAAGGCUCCGUGGGCGAGGUGCAGUGGGAGGCCGAGUUCUUCGCGCUGCAGGACAGUAACAACAAGUUGGCCGGCGCCCUGCGAGAGGCCAACGCGGCCGCCGCCCAGUGGAGGCAGCAGCUGGAGGCCCAGCGCGCAGAGGCUGAGAGGCUGCGGCAGCGGGUGGCUGAGCUGGAAGCCCAGGCUGCGGCGGAGCCACCUGCAGUCAGUGAGAAGGAGGGACCCAGCCAGUCAUUGGAGCAGCUGGAGGCGCUAGUGCAAACUAAAGACCAGGAGAUCCAGACCCUGAGGAGCCAGACUAGUGGAUCCCGUGAGGCCGCAGACACCGAGCGCGAGGAGACGCAGCAGAAGGUGCAGGAUCUGGAAACCCGAAACGCAGAGCUGGAGCACCAGCUGCGGGCCACGGAGCGCAGCCUGGAGGAGGCCCGGGUCGAGCGGGAGCGGGCACGGGCCGAGGUGGGCCGGGCCGCACAGCUGCUGGACGUCAGGCUGUUUGAGCUGAGCGAGCUGCGGGAAGGGCUGGCCCGCCUGGCUGAGGGGGCACCCUGAGUCCAGCCUCCGGGUCUGCAUAGAGGAAGGGGCCUGUGGGAGCUGGUUUUACACAAAUGGCUCCACCUGGGGCACAGGCCAGGCCGCAGGCGGCACGGUGGGCCAAGCCCCGUGGCAGGGACUGGGGCCCAACUCAGCCUGGGGAGGGCUUGUCCACAGGACUCCAGCCAGCCCUGGCUGUUCACAGCUCAGAGGCUGUUUUUGAGCUUUUCAUUGUGUAGAAUUUCUAGACUCCCCAGGGCGCGUGCUGGUGCCCAAAUUACAUUUCUAAACGUGGCUGUGUGCGUGGUGUCUGAGCAGCCCGGGUGUACCCAACCGCCAGCACUGGGCCCUCUGUCCAUCUGCCCUCAGCCUGGUAAGCCACCUGGAGGGCGAGGUUCAGAAAGCCCAAGGGAGCGUGCCCAGGACACAUGGCUCUGCUUCCCCAUCUCCUUAAGCCCUGCCCAUGUUGUCUGGACCACCUUGGACUAACGUGGACCCUGAUUAAUCCCCCCGCUUUCACUUCACUCUAGCCACAAACCCCAAAUACAACCAAGUGGGCAAGUGGGGAAGCUCCUAGAAUGUGGCUGUGUUCACCAGGCAUGGAAACGAUCUCUCCAAAACAUCAUGUCUACAUCUGGGUAGUAGAGUGGUUCCCCAUUUUCCAGAUGAGGAAACCGAGGCCCAUAUAAGGGACUUCACCCACCCAAGGUCACUCGGCUGGAAUGGUCAACACUACAGUCCAAAGCUUUGGGCCUGGCCCGACAGAACAGAACUAGUGGGUGGGGUGGCAACAUGAUGUUCCGGGGGACUUGAGAAGCACAGGCAGCCACACCCUCUUCUCACUGCCCCUGCUCCCCAGAGUCAGACUGCAGAAGCAAAAAGCCUCAUUUAUUAAGCACCGCCUGCAAGUGACACACCUUUGCUCACUGCACAUCCAGGGUUACCCUGGGCUGGGGUCACUGUGCCCCAGGUGGACUGGGGCCCAACCUCACAGCCAGUGUUCUUUCUUCCUCAGCAGCCCGCCUCUUGGCCAAGGCUCUGAAAAGGGGCCACCAGAGGCUGCAGGGUGGAGGGCUGUGCACUGUACAACGUGUGUGUCAGCGGGCUCUGCUGAGGGGCACUGGGCAGGCUGGGAGAGGGUUCUGUCCUCAGGGGAGGGCGCUCCAACCCUCAGCUUGAUGAAGGAGUCCCAGGCUGGGCAAGUGGGCGCUGUGCGGAACUCAGGCUGGACCCUGAGUGGGUGCUGGGGACAAGGAGGCCUCAGGCCGGGCCCUGGGUGGGCGCCCCCUGCGGUCAGCCCUGCUGGCCUUUUGCCGCUGCAGUGUCUGCUCCACUUUCUCCUUGAAGCGCCGGUUCUUCUGCUUGAUCUUGGCCAGCUCGGCCUUGCGCUUCGCCUCCAGGUCGGGGUCCUGGCAUGGGCAGGACCAGAAGGUGACUAAGCUGAGCAUCCUCCCUGGGGACCCUUGCGCCCUGCCCCUACCACACAGACAGCUCAACCAGCCCUUACCUUCCCCUCCAGAAUCAUCUGCUUCCUCUUGUUAAUCUCCUUCUUUUCAUCGAAGUUGGCUGCCUCCAGUUUCUGGGCAGGGGGGGAAAGAGUAGGGGAAGGGCGAGACCAUCACGGGGGUUGCCACCUUCAAGGAAGCACCCUGAGUCCCUGAGGACGAGCCCCUUCCCUGACACUCACAAUCUCACACUCCCUCCGCACCACGUUGACCUGUGUGAGGAUCUGUAGGACCUGGGCUUCCUCCACUGGGAACUCCUCCAGCUUCUUCUCUGUGGGGACAGCAGGGGCCUGGGGUUGAGAGAGGGCAGGGAAGGGCAGGCACCACAGGGAGGAAGAUUUCAACCAUGUAGCUCUCCAUGCAGCAGGGCACGCAAGGCCAUACAGAGUCAUAUCAGAUAAAGAUCAGGUGGGCAAGAGCUAGGUACAGAUUGCUCUCUCUUUCUGGUUGUUAACAACACUAUGAAUUUGAUUAGUUGUUGUCGUUUUUUCUGAAAACAGUGUCCAUUAAAGUCAAGACGUUUCUGAAUCGCA